GGAAGGGCGGAGGGGCGGGGCCGGGGCGGGCCCGGGUUGGGGCCGGCAGUCGGCGGCGCCCCUUCUUCAGGUGUUGCGGUGGUUCCACGUCGCCUGGCGGUCAGUAGCUUCCGUGAGCCCGGGCUGCCCCCAGCGUCCGGAGCGCCGGCCCUUCGGCUCCCGCGCGGCCAUGGCGGGGCCGGGCCCGGGCCAGGGGGACCCGGACGAGCAGUACGAUUUCCUGUUCAAGCUGGUGCUGGUGGGCGACGCGAGCGUGGGCAAGACGUGCGUGGUGCAGCGCUUCAAGACCGGCGCCUUCUCCGAGCGUCAGGGCAGCACCAUCGGCGUCGACUUCACCAUGAAGACGCUGGAGGUCCAGGGCAAGCGGGUCAAGCUGCAGAUCUGGGACACAGCUGGCCAGGAGCGAUUCCGCACCAUCACCCAGAGCUAUUACCGCAGUGCCAACGGGGCCAUCCUGGCUUAUGACAUCACCAAGAGGAGCACCUUUCUGUCCGUGCCUCACUGGAUCGAGGACGUGAGGAAGUACGCGGGCUCCAACAUUGUGCAGCUGCUGAUCGGGAACAAGUCGGACCUCGGCGAGCUCCGGGAGGUCCCACUGGCCGAGGCACAGAGCCUGGCAGAGCACUAUGACAUCCUGUGUGCCAUCGAGACGUCGGCCAAGGACUCGAGCAACGUGGAGGAGGCCUUCGUGAGGGUGGCCACGGAGCUGGUCAUGCGGCACGGCGGCCCUCUGCUCAGUGAGAAGGGCACCGACCACAUCCAGCUGGAUAGCAAGGACGUCGGAGAGAGCUGGGGCUGCGGCUGCUGACCGGGGUGCAGGGCAGGCAGGCAGGGGCCUCCCCACCUCCUCUCUCUGGCCUGCCAGGCCCACCCCUCCAGAGCUGGCCCUCCAUGGUGCCAGCGAUCCUAGAGCAGCUGGAUAAAGCCCUGGAAUUCUCCAUUCCGUGGCCUGGGUGCUUGAUGGGAAAGCUACCCUCGAUGAAGGAAGCAGCAGGAUACCUUCUGAGGGAGACCUGUUGGCCUGUGGGGCGUGGGCCCCCGCCUGCCAGCCAGUGGCCGUCCCCUCUGUGUUCUUCACAGUCCAGGACUGGCCCAGGCCUGCCGGUGUGGAUCCCAGCAGGAGAGGGGCCGGGAUGUGCCUCCCUUGCUGCACAUGUACUGGGUCUGACCAUUUCACACCUUGAGUCUUGUUGCAGCUGAGGCAGCAGGGGUGUGGCUGGUGCCUUGGGUUCUUUCAGGUCACUCCAGGGCCUCUGUACCGAGUGAGAGCAACCCGCCCAGCAGACUUGGUUCCUGAGCACAGCCCCAGGGAAGCCCCAGCUCCUUCCAGGCCGGGAACUUCCUUCCUUUCUUCACUGCCAGCUCGAAGCUCACAGACAGCUUGGGGCUUGGCCUGCUGCCUUAGCAAGACCUCUCAAGUUUUCUGGUUUUCCGUGUAGCUUCUUGUUUUCGUCGGCACAAGUAUGGGGUCAUGGCCCACAGCCCAGCGGGGACCGUCUGCUGGCCUGGGGCCCAAAGUGUGGCCACUCAGGUUGCAAAACCAGCUGAUUCCUUCAGCACCAACUCUCAGAACUUGGGGGUUGGGGGAAUGAGGUGGGAAUGUGGACACUUAAGGGAAAAGUAAACGCUUGCAUCCCUGAGGCUACGGUCUGAGAGGGACCCUCAGGGCACUUAGUCUUAGCUGUGCAGAAGCCCUUCCUGCCACGUUCAGAGCGACAGCUCCCUAACUGCUUCCAGUCUAGCUUCUGGUUUCUCAAACCAAAAAGGCGAUGCCCCGGCAGUCCUGGGUCCGGCUCUUUUAUCCUGGGCCUUACCAGCCUCAACGUGUGCAGGGUGCUGAGGUUAGAAGGCGGGUGGGGGCUGGGAUCACUGAGGCUGCACUCUGCGGGUAGCUCAGAGGGUCACAGGGAUUGAGCUGGGGGAGGUGGGUGAUCUCCCCGUACUACCCGGACCCCCCAUGUCAGCCCAGUCUAGCCCCUUAGGCCCCCUCAGUGGAGGGCCCCGGGAAAUAAACUGCUGUCAGAGCCGUGGGCAAGGUCACAUCGUGGAGGUGCAGCCCAGAGCCUUGCGGGGCCCAGGCGGUGCUCCAGCCGACUUCCCUUGCCUUCCACUUCCUGCACUUUGGUCUGCACCGUCCCACCCCUUCUCGUAGGCAGGCCUGACCACAGAGUGAGAAGCCAGACCCACGGCAUUCUGUGGGCUUGGGCAUGGAAGGCUUCCCUGGCUGAGACCGAGACCAGCAGGGCUGAUGACUCCGUUUCAGGCAGGCAUGUCUGAGCCCGGUUCUGGAAGGGAAGGAUGUUGGCCUGGUUGGGCCAAGAGCUGCUGAGCAGGGUCCUGUGCUGAGGGCAGCCGGCCCACUGGUGGCCGUGGUGGGGUGGGAGCUGGGAGCAAGAAGGCCACUUGGCUUCCUUCUUCAGUGGCCUUGUCAGUGAGAUGGGGUGAGCGGGGCCUGGGGCCCAGCUGCUGGCAGGGAGAGCUGGUGUCUGCCAGGCCCCUCCAUUGCAGUGCCUGGGCUCUUCCUCCAAAGUAGAAAGUGCCUGUCACCGAGACACAUUCAGACCAUGGCCUCUAAGGGCUGAUCUUGGGGCAGAGCUAAGCUGUCUACCAGGGCCCAAGCUGGAAGAGUGAUCUCAUGAAGCCUGACCUUCCAGAGGCUUUGAAGCUGCUUUGGGGGGCGGUGGCGGGAACGCGGGGGAUCUUGGAGCACGGGUCUGGGCCUGCACCCCCAUCAUUGACUUGCAGCCACAGUUGCGGGGGAUCUUGGAGCACGGGUCUGGGCCUGCACCCCCAUCAUUGACUUGCAGCCACAGUUCCAGCUGAGCAUAGGUGCGGGCCCUUGCCGUUGUUACCUGCUGCCCCUCCUCCGCCUCAGGGCUGGGAUGACUUUGGCAAGGUGAGGAGACCUUUCAUUUCCUCUCUAUGAGCCAUCUCCCUCCUCCUCCAGACCCCUGGGAUGGAGACCUGAAACUUUGCAAGGGCCUGGCUGAGAGGGGGCAGGGAGCAGCUGGCCCAGCCUGGACCGGGGAGGUUUCCUCACUGGCAGCCUCUUGGCUCACCCAGCAACACCCCCCAACACGAUUCUCUUCUCCCUUCAGAGUCCCAAGGUGUCUGAAACGUGGGCUGAUUGGUCUCUGGCCAUCCCUCCUUCAGGCACCACAGCCAAUAGGGUCUAGCCGGGACCCUCCCUCUCCCCUCCCCAUCACAGUGCUGGGAUCCCGCCUCCAUACCCCCCCCCCGCCCCCGCCCCUGCUCUGGAUGGGCCCCAGGAUCCCCUGGACAUCUCAUGGACCUCUUUGGCCCCUGGGCCUCUAGCCUGUGCAGCCCAAGCCGCCCUCGUGCCGCAGUCAGAAUGGCAUUUGUAGAAGGUCACAACUGAUGCUGCUGCCCCCUCCCCAUUCCAGGGUGCCUGGGGCCCUUGGGAUAUGGCCCAUACUCAAUCUAGGUGUCCAAGACCUCCACAGCUGUGCCCUGGCUUCUCCCAGCACCUUGUCCCCCAGGAGCACCCUUUAUGCAGGCUGCACCCUUCCUGCCCUCCCCCACCCCCACUUACCCAGCCUUUUUAUCCGUGUCAUUCAGAGUCCCACAAAUGACCCAGCUGGACACCUCUGAGCACUGGCCCCACCCCAAGCUAGUCCUUUGCCCAUAGUACCCUCUGGCGAGAUUGAGUUCCUUCUCCCCCUCUUCCUGGGCAGAAGCCAUUUCCUGCAGCCUCGAACAGAGACCAUUUCUGGGUUUCAGUCACAGGCACGAAUGCUAGUGCUCAGGGCCCCAUGCUGGUGGGCUGCCUGUAGUGAGGCAUCAGGCAGGAGCCUCACUACCUCCUGGGCCUCAGUCUUCUGUCACGUGGGGACCCGGAUUUGGGUAAAAGAAAACGGGGAAGUUGUGUGAGACAGAACACAACCCACCUUUGUUCCCUCCUGCAACAGCCCAGGCCUUCUGGGGCUGAAGGGAAACAGCUUUAUCUCUCCCUCUGUUUAUAAAUGACCCAGUAGCAGGAGCUGGUGAGGUCAGAGGCCAGGGUUUAGGAGAGGAGGCAGGGAUCAGAGGGCCAGAAAGUGUUCUGGCCGCUACCAGGUCCCCGGGGACAGGGCGGUCUGUGGCCUGGGUGGGGCUAAUGGGACGUGGGCUGAAGAAGGAGAAGGCUGGUGUUUUCUACUCCCGGGAGGAGGAGCGGGGCCGCCCAGAGGGUCCCUGUCCUUCCAGAAAAGGGCUUUAAGGACACAAACCCCGGCAGGCAGCCAUGGAGCUAGAGGAAGCUCCUAAUUCAUAUUGAAUUCAGUUACUCUUCCCCAGGAGGGCUGCCACGGGUGGGGGCCUCAAGGACCUUCUGAGCCCUGCUGGACUGGACUGUUGGGCUGCAGGGAGGGCCUCAGCAUUGCAAUAAGGCAAUGCCAUUUUGCAUUUGGGAAUUUUUCAUGUUACCUAUUUAUGAUACAUAAAUCUUUAUAGCAAAUCUAUUUUUUAAAACAUGGGAAAGUUGCCUUUAUGGAAACUUAGCAGAGCCAGAGUCUACACAUUCCUAAACCAUUAAACAGAUUUCUGCAAAGAGUC